GCGCAGAUAAAUCCGCCACCCCGGAUCCGACGCAGACUCGGGUACAUUUCCUCGCCCGUCGCAGCCGAAAGGACGCAGCGUGUUCGCUCGAGAAGGAAUCGCCCACCGCGAAUGACAACAUGUCCUCCGUGCUGAAGAGUGCCUGUGAAAAGGCCGAGGCCGUAGUGGCGGCCCUGCCCGAGCGCAUCCAGCAAGUAUUCGACUUCGUCCAGGAGAAGACGGGCGUUCAGCGCGCCUACUUCAUGUUGGGCAUGGGGGCCUUCUCGGCACUCUAUCUCAUCUUCGGCUACUUCGCCGAGCUGCUCUGCAACAUCGUGGGCCUCGUGUACCCAGCGUACGCGUCCACGCGAGCCAUCGAGUCGGCUGACAGGAACGACGACACCCGCUGGCUCACCUACUGGGUCGUGUACGCCUGCUUCUCCAUUCUGGACUUCUUCGCCGACGGCAUCCUACGCUUCUUCCCCUUCUACUGGCUCGUCAAGGUAGUCUUCCUCGUCUACUGCUUCCUGCCUGCACGCUUCAACGGCUCGGCGCGCAUCUACAACAGCCUGAUUCGCCCGUACUUCCUCAAGAGCAGCGGGCAGAUCGACAACGCAUAUGCAAAGAUGGCCGCUAAAGCGUCCUCUGCCUUUGACAGCGCAUUGAAGGAUUCGUUUGCCGGCAAGCAGCAGUAAGACGUUUAAGCGAUACGUUCAAACAUGGUUGUGAUGGUUGGGUGCUUAAGACUCUCAGCAGCGUCGUGGUGAUUGUCGUUCAAGCCAUUUAUGCAGCAGGAUGUGUGGUUAUGUGAAUGGAUGAGGCAGCUGCUGUCGACGGCUUCUUAUCUUCUCCUAGGCAGUCCGGUUCAGAUCAAAGUGCAAGUUUCAAUGUCUGCUAUGGGUGUUGCGAGGCUGCUAUAAAACGUGUCAAGACAUGGAGAAACUUUACCACGUGGCUGCUUGCGUUGAAAACAUAGUUAUUCGCUGCAUGCUAAGAGUGUGGACAUGACUCCGAUUUGUUGCUGUGCGUUUGUCAUUUCGAAGUGAAGAAUAUUCUCCGUUUUGCAGAGAAUAUUUUAAUCAUGGCCGAAUAAAUCAUGCAUCCUGUG